CCGGCGGACGAGGCGCCGGAGUGGGACCCCGGGCCCCGGGAGGACGACGACGUCGACGAUGACUACGAGGACGGCGAACUCGUCGGGCCGCUCGAUGAGCCCGCCGUCGCCGCGGACAGGCGGCAAGGGGACGCCGCCGACAAGGUGGAGUCACUUUCGGGGCCAGCCGUCGGGCAGCCCACUGUAGGGCAGCCCACUGUAGGACCCACGGAGGCCGGUACGGACGCGGUGUCCGAGCAGCCCGACGAGGCUCAGGGCAGGACUGCCGACGACGACCGACUGGAGGACUCCGUCCCCGAGGAGGUGCAGCACAGGUCCUCGUUCGCAGUGCACCAGGACUCGCUGGCGGCCGAGUCCGAGGCGCUGCCCAUGGCGGCGCCGCUGUCCAUGGGGGGCCGCGGGCCGCCCAUGACGCUCAGCCUGGAGGACAUGGACUACCUCACCAUCCUGAGGCCGCCGGCCCAGACGGGGAAGGGCAAAGUGGUCGCCGCCAGCACCAUCAACAAGACCAGGCAGAGGCCGCCCCAGACGCCGCCCCAGACGCCGGGCGGGCCGCCCAUGGGGCCCAUGCCGCAGGCGCCGUCCUCGUACGACCCCUACAACAGCUACAGCUCGCCCUACGACCCGCCGCACCCCUACGGCUACGGCUACGGGUACAACGGGUACGACUACCCGCACUACCCUGACCCUGUCAUGAGCCACGAGUACCAGCAGGCAACCUCGUACCCAGAAGAGGAGCGCUUCCGACCCAUGGGAUCGGGCAUACGCCACCCCGGCCCCGCCAUGUUGCCCUCCUUGGCGUCCCCCAUGACGUCCCCGAUGACGUCCCCCAUGGCCUCGCAGCCGGCCUCGCAGCCGGCCUCGCCCCUGUCGCCGCUCACGUCCCCGAUGGCGGCCUCCACGGCCUCCACAGCGUCAGCCGGCUACGACAGCUACUCGCCGGGCUACCACAACCACCGCGACUACCCGCUGCCCCUUCUAGGCCUUCAUCGGGGAGCGCGUCACGCAGGCCACCGCUGCAACACUGUGGUGCUGCUGCAGGUGUCGCAGAGCGUGUCGCUGGGCGAGCACGACCCGUCCAACUGGAUCAGCACCGCGGUGCCCUCCGCCGCCAACGCCGAGGCCACCAAGAAGGCCACCCUCAAGGACAUCCUGGCGCAGGACUGCCCCGGCGCCGAGGAGCUGGGCUACUGCGACUCGCCGCCGCGCUACCCCAUGCAGCAGGUCGCCGAGGCCAUCCAGAGGUGCUCGCAGCUGCUGGAGCACAUGUUCGCGCCGCCGCCGGAGGAGCGGGACGCUGACACCAAAGAGGCCGAGGGCGAGGGCGCGUGCCAGUCCGUGCGGCGCACGCUGCGGCCGGGCUACGUGCGCGACGCGUCGUCGGGGCGCUGGCUGGUGUCACUGCAGUCGCGCGGCCGCGUCGUGCAGAAGGUGGCCGUGGAGCGGUGCAGCGCGCCGGGCCGGCCGUGCGCGCGCCUCUCCGACUCCAAGUGCGCCAGGAACCUGGGCUUCCGGAACGGCGCGCGCCCCACCAGCUGCGACCAGCGGCACACCCUGAUGCCGGUGCUCACCUGGGACCCCGAGACGCCCGCCACCUGCCCCAGGGUGCGCCUGGCGCGCUUCCCCACCGCCUGCGUCUGCAGGGUCGGCUCGUGACUACGUGCCCUACAGUGUGGGGCCUUCGUGGCCUCAACGCCAAAAGUGACUUCCUCUCGGUGAAAGUGAUUCGAGACGCGUGGCGGGAAUAAUUUAAUUGCAAGUGGCUCGUCGGGCUCUGCGUACGGCGGUGUUGGUGAAGUAAGUGGGCGUGAAAGAAAGCGGCGAUGUAAAUAAAAAAUUUAAUCUAAGUACUUCAUUUUAAAAAUUCAUUCACGCAAUCG